AAAAAAUAAAUAUAACGGGUUAACAAAUAAAAAACAGUAUAUUUAUAAAGUUAUCUUAUUUCUUGCUAUAUACCUUACGAACCUGUUUAGAAUCUUGUAUUUACUUACAUUAUUAACAGCAAAACUAUAACUUGUUUUUCUCUACUAUUUAAUACUUGACUCUUUUUUUUUUAUUUAUUUACUCUGGGAUAUUACAAAAUGUACAACAAAAAUGCAAAUAAAUGUGAUAGAUAUAUUGAUUCUAAAGAUAUUCAUAAAGAAUUAAAAAAGAUCAAAGAAGAAUCUACAACUUCUAAAUUAAGGAAUAAGCAACUAAAUAACGACGCUUAUUUGAACAAAGCUAUUAACAAUAACCAUAACAAAUUACCAUUUCAUUCACAAUUGAAAUUAACAAGAGAUAAAAAAGAAUGUUUGUAUAGACAAAGUAAACCAGUUGUUAAAAUCGAUCAGCAACAAAUAGUUCAAGAUUUUUUUGAGGAUAAUCAGAGACGCUACCCUGCAGAGAAUACGGAUAAUCUUAUUGAACCUGUCCCCAUUUUGAAGAUUAGACCACCAAAUAGAAUUAGACAUUUGUUUGUUAAGCAACAAGAUAGCAUGACUUUAUCUAAAGAACCUUUUACUACAUCUUCAUCCAGUCCCCAUACUCAUCUUAUGGAUGAACAUAAUACGCAAAAAUACAUCAAAUUAUCUGUUGAACAAUUAGACAUAAAGAAACAAAUGAUGAGAGAUUCUACUAGAGACAUGAAAGAUAUACAGAUUAAAUGCACAAAGGAAUCUGAAAACCAGUCUGUUUUUUAUUCCAAUGCUAAUGGCUCUGCUUUGAGCUUUGAACACGAUAUAAACAAGUUACAAUAUGAAAAUGAAGAAGAACUUCAUAUGAAAAAAGUAAUGCUUGAAACAUCAUGUAUUUUGAAACAAAGUGAGCGUCUAUCUGGUAAUGAAGAAUAUAUGAAUAUAAUUUACGCAAAUAUAUUUGAUGAAGAGACUCAUUACCUCGUCAACUUGAAAGAUAUUGAAGAAAGACAAAGAGAAAUCACUUGGAGAUUGCGCAGUCUAAUCAUUGACUGGAUUGUACAAGUACACUACAGUCUCGGUCUACUCUCUGAAACUUUGUUUUCCGCCGUUAACAUUAUAGACCGAUUCUUGUCUCACCAAUCAGUAGCUCUGAAUAAAUUUCAAUUAAUGGCUAUUACAGCAUUGUAUAUAGCAGCCAAAGUUGAGGAAUGUGGUGGUCAUCCCUCAGCUCAACAAUUUGCACAGAUGACAGAUGGAGCAUUUGUGGUUAAAGAUAUCAUACAAGCAGAGAUGCAUAUUUUACGUAUUAUAGACUAUCAACUUUGUUAUCCUAAUAUGCUAAUAUUCCUAAAGCGUCUAUACAAAAGCGAAGCUUAUUGUGAUGAGCAUACAAAACUACUAGCAAGAUAUUUUCUAGAGGUUUCAAUAAUUGAGCAUCGAUUGAUUGGUACGAGAGGAUCUAAAUUAGCUGCUGCUGCCUUGUGGAUGUCAAGGAAAAUGCUAUUUAAGGGGAAUUGGAAUCAUCAUUUAGUUAGACUAUCAGGAUAUAAACGUAAUGAUUUAAAGCCUAUAAUUGAGAUUAUGAUUCAGUACCUUUCCAAGGCGACACGCGAUACACUAUUUACUAAAUGGUCCAAUCAGUCAUUUUUAAAGGCGUCUAUAUUUGUUCAAGAAUGGAUUCAUAAGUAUUGUGAUAUUCAAACUGAAGAAAGCUAAUACGUUUUGUUUGUGAUAAUAUUAUUAGAUUCUCAUAAAAAUUAUCGUAUAG